UCACCUUGGUAACGCUUUUUGUUGACACAGUCUUCUUUGGCGUGAUGAGACUGAAACGGCUGCACAUACGAUACUACCCACCAGGAAUAUUCCUGGACUAUGAGAAAGGGGGGCAGCUAAGGACGAAAUCCAUCGAUCUGUUGAACUUGACUCCAGAGACUGAUGUGACUGAGUUAGUGUCAGACAUCAGAGCAGCUGAACCUCUCAUCAGCUCAUCCUGCGCUGAGCAGCUCAAAGUCCUGAUCGGCAAGCUACAAGAGAAAGUCAGCCAAAAGGACGACCACAAGUUCUACCUUUUCAGGGCACUCCAGGCUCACAUCUUGCCCCUGACGAAUGUAGCCUUCAAUAAAUCAGGAUCGAGUUUUAUAACCGGAAGCUAUGACAGGACUUGUAAAAUAUGGGACACCGCAUCCGGAGAGGAGCUGCACACUUUGGAGGGCCACAGGAACGUCGUGUACGCCAUCGCUUUCAACAACCCUUACGGAGACAAGGUUGCCACUGGCUCCUUUGACAAGACCUGCAAAUUGUGGAGUGCUGAAACAGGAAAGUGUUUCUACACAUUUAGAGGGCACACAGCAGAAAUCGUCUGCUUGGCCUUCAACCCUCAGAGUACCCUGGUUGCUACAGGCAGCAUGGACACCACGGCUAAAUUAUGGGAUGUUGAGAGUGGGAAAGAGGUGUCCACAUUGGCAGGUCACUUCGCCGAGAUCAUCUCUCUCUCCUUUAACACAAUGGGCGAUCAUUUGGUGACGGGGUCGUUUGACCACACUGCCAUUCUGUGGGAUGUUUCUUCUGGCAGCAAAGUUCACGUUCUCACAGGUCACCGAGGAGAAAUCAGUUGUGUUCAGUUCAACUGGGACUGUUCCCUCAUCGUCACGGCCUCUCUGGAUAAAACCUGCAAGGUGUGGGCUGCAGACAGUGGUCAGUGUCUUGCUUCCCUCUUGGGUCAUAAUGAUGAAGUGUUGGAUGUGUGUUUUAACUACACUGGUCAGCUGAUCGCUACGGCCUCUGCUGAUGGUACAUCAAGAGUGUUCAGCGCAGAAACCUUCCAAUGUUUGUGUCAAUUAGAGGGCCAUAAAGGAGAGAUAUCGAAGGUGUGUUUUAAUCCGCAGGGGAGCCGUGUUUUGACGGCGAGUGUGGAUAAGACGGCUCAUGUGUGGUGUGUGAACACAGGAGUGUGUUUGCAGGUGCUGGAGGGACACUCUGAUGAGAUCUUCUCCUGCGCUUUCAACUACGAGGGAGACACCAUCAUUACAGGCAGUAAAGACAACACCUGCAGGAUCUGGCACUGAAAGAGCGGCCUGAACUCCUGCACCACUUUUGAUUAAGUUAUUGUGUGUCAUCUUGUUUCACUGCCAUAGUAUUUCAAUUCACAGAGAACAAGGAAGUGUGGAGGACAUUGUGGUGACCCUUUACUUGAAGCCUUAUGCAUUAUAAGGGUAUUCAUAAUACAUGUUGUGAUGCAUUAUAUCUUUCGUGAAUGACUGUAAGUAAAUUUAAUGCAUUAUUAAAUGCAUUAUAAUAUUGUCAGAGUCUAAAAUUGGUCGUUUGUCAUAUUUUAAUGCAUAAUUAUUUUUAUAGGUGUAGUGAUAAAUAGAUAAGUACUAUAAUUUAUUAUACCUGUGAUUAUUCAUGAGAUCAUCCAGUGUAUUGUAAUUAAUGCAUUAAAAUACUUUUAUAAUGCAUUAUAGAAAAGGGCUUCAAGUAAAGUGUUCCCAACAUUGUUUGCUGUUAAGUUUCCCCCUUAAAGAAUAUUCUGAUACAGGUCAAAUACAAGUUUAACUCAUGCUGUCAGUUAUCACAAGAAGUGAUUUUGAUUCAUAUAAAAAUAAACCAAAAAUUACAAUAUUUUAUGGAAGUCAAUGGGAGAACUGUUGCUCUAAGUCUUUCAAUUUAAGUGCAUUUUUGUCUUUUUUUUUUUUUUUUACUUGUACAAACUUGGUCAAUUAUUCAAUAUUAAGGCUUACUGUAUUAAAGCACAAUUUUCUAGUGUAUUUAUCCUGGAAAAUCUCCUUUUUAGGUUAAAAGAAUAGUUCACCCAAAUAUGAAAAUUUGCUAAACAUUAACUCACCCUGAGGACAUCCAAGAUAUAGAUGAGUUUGUUUCUUCAUAAGGACAGAUUUGGAGAAAUGUUGCAUUCCAUCACUUGCUCACCAAUGGAUGCUCUGCAGUGAAUGGGUGCCGUCAGAAUGAGAGUCCAUAAAAAUGUCACAAUAACUCACAAGACUCUGAUACAUUAAUUAAGUGAAGAGCUGUGUGUUUGUAAGAAACAAAUCCAUCAUUAAUGUGUUUUAACUUUAAACCAUCACUUCAAACU